AUGCAGAAAACGCACAACAGCAUCCAGCAACAACACCACUUCUUCUUCUCCUCCCAUAAUAACAGCAGUGAGUCUCUGCAGAAUGUGCGUGCAGGGGAUGUCGUGGAAACUCUGCAGCUUCUUCAUCCUCGGAGGUCAAAGCAGCAGCAAAAUGUCAAGUUUACUGUGAGCAAAAAGGUUUUCCCCUGGAUGAAAGAGUCCAGACACGCAAAUCAGAAAGCCAGCAGGAGGAUAUCAGACUGCACCGUCAACGAGAAGUGUCCCCAGAGCGCGUCCCCGGCGGCCUCCAAACGCACACGCACGGCGUACACGAGCGCGCAACUGGUGGAGCUGGAGAAGGAGUUUCACUUCAGCCGCUACCUGUGCAAGCCGAGGCGGGUGGAGAUGGCCAACCUGCUCAACCUCCACGAGAGACAGAUUAAAAUUUGGUUUCAGAACCGGAGGAUGAAGCAGAAGAAGGACGAGAGAGUCCAGGGCCUUAAUAUCUCCACCACCUCCUCCUCCUCUCCCCCGUCUUCCCCCUCCGCCCCGGGCAGCCCCACUCUAUCCAGCCUGGGUUAUGUACAUCUGGGCGGGGAUUACCAGUCAGCCUCCCCUCCACCACCACCACCACCUCCACCUCCACUCAAGCCCCAACAACACCAUGAAUCCCAGCCUGCGUACUCUGCAGAAUACUCCAAAUAUCCAGCUUCCGGCUUUACGCACGGCCCGCAGUUUGACCCGCAGUACCACAUCACGCACAGCUCCAGCACCACCAACACCAGUAGCACCAGUAGCAGCACCAGCAGCAGCACCAACACCAACACCAACACCACACACUCAGCAGUCCAAAACGUGUCGUAUUUCUCACAGAGCUGCUCUCCUCAGGACAGAAUCAUGCAAGCUCCAAAACUCACUCAUCUGUAG